AUGACCUCCCACGAAACCGAGCUGACUGAAAAACAACCACGUGAUCUGCCCAAUUCCAACUUUUGCCGAAACCUCCCAAUUCAUCGCAGGGACCCGGACGAUAUCGCGCAGCACGCUCACCACGACCACAACCGAUUACAUCCAUCUACCCACGAGGACGACGACAAGAUGGUCUCUCUCGCCCCCUUCAUCGUCAAGCGGCCUUGGCUCCACAAGCUGAUGAUGCCCAUCAGCAAGUGGUACGUUAACGCCGCCGGGUACCGCAAGAUGGGUUUGAGAUACGACGAUCUCUACGAGGAGGAGCGCGAGGCCGUCCAGAUUGCCCUCAACCGUCUUUCGCCCAAGGAGGCCUACGAGCGCGUCUACCGCAUUCGCCGUGCUGCGCAGUGCAGCUACCAGCACAAGCUCCUUCCCAAGAACGAGUGGAUCAACGACCAGACCGACGUUCCCUACCUCGCCCCCAUCAUCAAGCAAGUCGAGGCCGAGCUCGCCGAGAAGGACGCACUGGACGCCGCGACUGUGAUCCGCAAGGCGCACUAA